AUGGACUGGUUCCAUUGCAACCAGUGCUUCACAAAGAGAGGGUCGAAGUUUGCCGUCUCCAGCUGUGGCCACAUCUGCUGUGAAGCGUGCAUUCAGUCUAAGCAGUGCAGUGUAUGUGGAGCGAGCUGCAGCUAUCUGGCCAUCAGUGAUGAGAUGAAGCCACAGGAGAAAGUGUUUUUCAAGGACCCUAUGAAGCUCAUCCAGUCACGGAUGCAACACAUCACACAGAUUGCGACUUUUCAGCAGACACAGAUGGAGAGAGUCAUAGCACACUUCAAGCACAAGUCUAUUGAAUUAGAGAGGCGUCUGAAGGAAGUCACCGAGCAGGCUUACAGGCAACUCUCAGAGCUGAAGAGAGAGAAUGCGGACUUAAAAAAGCAGCUUUCAGAGCUCAAAAGAGAAACUGCCGAGUUAAAAAAGCCACUUUCUCAGAGGAGGGUUUCUCCAGGACAGUUUCACACUGAAGGCACUCAGAGGAUGACACUUCCUGUGGCUGUCACCUCCCCAGUUACCCCUCGUCAAAGACCUAUGAGUCAUAUAGGCUCAGCAGAGUCUCGGAGGUGGGCCAGAGACAGAGGUCCGACCUUCUCCCUUCAUACUCCUGGAUCAACUACCUCCAUGUCCAGCCACAGUUCUCUUCAUGAAUACAGAACACCCACAUCCUUCAGCACUCCUACAAGAACGCAGACUCCCAAUGUUUUGCAGCUCCCGUUUAUGAGUGGAUUGUCAGUACAGUCACCUAGGCAUUGA